AUGACCUCCUCUCCAGCACCCGUGAUCUAUAUCAACGGCUAUCCGGGCGUGGGUAAAUUCACCAUUGCCAAAGCACUACAACGCCUCAUCGCCGGCUCGAUCCUAAUCCACAACCACCAGCUCAUCGACCCCGUUGAGAAAAAAUAUGCCCGAGACAGUCAGCUCUACAACGAGAAACGCUCAGCCGAACGCCACAAAGUUCUAUCGCCUAUUGCGCAUGAUUCGAAGACCAGAGACACGGUCUACAUCUUCACAGAUAGUCAAAUUGAGUACAACGACUGCGUAGGCGACUACACCGAUCUCGCUCUGUCAAGCAAUGGAAACGGCGCGAGACGCUUCUACAGCGUGGUGCUGGAAUGCGAAUUUGAGGAGAACGUCCGACGACUCACUGCGCCUGGUCGAGGCGGUGAAGGAAGCACGAAGCUGAAGGACGUCGAAGUGUUGACGGAAAUCAGACAGCGAUACAGCCCGUGGAAGUUCGAAGAUGGGGAUGAGCUGGUGUUGGAUGUCACGAAACUGGAGUCAGAGCAAGCAGCGGCGAAGAUCAAGGAGUUCUUUGACGAGAGGCAGAAGGAUGGCAGGACUUUGAGCACGUGGGAUGAGGCUUGA